CACAACAAGGACGAGCCACGGUUUACCGACUUUUCCAACUUCCUCGGCAUUAACAUGCCAGAAGACAGCGACAGCACGCUAACUGUCAUCAACUCGGAUCUGUACAGUCCUCUAAAUAACGUCGAGGAUGUGUACGGCUGGGAUGCCGACUAUGAAACCAAGAUCAGAUUCGGCAUCACUGCGGAUCGGGUUUGUGGCUGCGAGUGUCAGCAUGCAAAGACCUUCGGGAGCAAGCGAAAGCUCCUGCACCGAGUCUUUGCGCUGCAGACCGGCCGCAGGCAAACACGGGAGUCCAGCUGUUGAAAGCGGACACACUCUCGCAUCGCGAGCGAACACUUCUUCCCUCACCCGUCAACCAUUAAUUAAUCAACUUCCACGCAUCACUCGGCGUCAAAUAACAUUUGGCAGGCGGGUUUUCUGCAUACUUCGGGGGCACACAAAAGGAAUCACCAGGGCAUGCAUACACGACCGGAAACCAAAAUCAAAGACGGGGACCUUUGUCAAAAUUACCAAACAUCAUUUCAGGCACGGCGUUUCGGCAACUUCUUUGUUCGUUGUACAUAUUGUAGGGGAAGCGGUGGAGCAUUUGGGAGUUGAGCGAGCAUUUUUUUUGAGUCGAGAGACGAGGACAUGAUAAAGCAUCACGAGAGACAUUGCAUAGGAGUUUGUUGAUUAAUUG